GAGUCCCUCGUCGUCGCGGCGCUCAUCGCCGAGGAGUACCCCUCCGCAGGCCUCGUCCUCACCGAUCCGAUCGCGCGCGCGCGCAUGCGGGUCUUCGUCAACGAGUGGGAGUCCUCAGGGGAGACCGCGUUCCACGCCGCGUCGAUGGGCACCGGGCCCAUCGACGUUAUCCUCGACGUGUACGCGCGCCUGCAGGCGCCCUUGGGGACAAGCAAGUUCGCGGCCGGGGACGGGCUUACGCUCGCGAACGUCGCCAUCGCGCCGUUCCUGUUCCGGAACGACCACCUCACGCGGCACGAGACCAGUACCCGUUGGGCGAGGUUCGUCGACCGCCUGGUGGUGCCCGGGUUUGCGCGAUUCCGCGAGUGUGCGGAGGCGGUCAAGGCGCACCCGAGUGUCAAGAAGACGCAUGAUGAG